AUGCCUAAAAAACAUAAUAAUAGUAUUAGCAAACCUGACAAAAACUUCAACUUCAAAGAAGUCACAAUUACUUUUUCACCAAUAACAGUCUUAUUGUUUAUAUUAACGAUUCUAUCAGCUAUAUACAGUUAUGAUAAAUAUUAUAAAAAUCAAGUAACCUGUCAAAUUGUUGUUCCAAUCGAACAAGAUGAUAAAUAUCAAUGGUUCUCUGCUCCUGAGCAUUUAACUUCCACUGCAAGUUAUAAAUCUUUAGACAAUGGAGCAUUUGUUUACCGGCAUAUUUUCAUGGAUGAAUUCCAGGAAGAAUUCAAUGUCAAACCAAUUCAAUUUCCAAAUGAAACAGAAGAAUAUAUACAUCAAUCAAUAUCAGCGUCAUCAGAAAGGUAUGCACCAUAUAUUUCCAGUUUUAAAAAAAGAGUAGAAGAAGGUACUUAUGUUGAUGAUGGAAGUGUUUAUGUUCGUUGGGUAAAUGAUGAUGUAAGAUAUGGAAUGUUUGCUGGCAAAGAUUUCAAACCAGGAGACGUUAUUGGAAUCUAUGCUGGUCUGAUAACUCCUUCUUCAAAUGAUCUUGAAUAUGCAUGGGAAUAUAAUUAUCUUGUUGAUGUUAAAGAUGAAGAUGGUGAAAAAAUAGCUGUUUGUAUUGAUGGUAAACAUUCAGGAAAUUACAUGAGAUUUGCUAAUCAUAGAGACGAUAACCAAAACGGAGGGCAAUUAUAUGUUGUACAUGAUGAUAUGUGGAAUGUAGUUUACACUGCUCACACUCAUAUCAAAACCCAUGAACAAAUAUUCGUUAAUUAUGGUCAAGCAUAUUGGAAUAUAGUAAUAGUAGUAAACAGUGAUGAUGGCGAUGAAAGCGUCGAAGCAAAUUUCUUUUGA